AUGUCUGGAGGUGCUGCUGGAGGGUUUAUUACUCGGGCAUUCGAAUUAAUGCUCAAAGAAUGUUCAGGGAAAAAGUAUCAUUCUAUUAAGACCGCAAUCCGUUCUUAUCUAGGUAGUUCAAAAGCGAAUAAUCAAGAAACGUCAUCAAAUUCUAGCAGUACAGUGUCAUCCCCAAGUAAAGAAAAGAGUGAUGGGAUUUCAAGCACUGAAGUCUGGUCAGAUGCAGACGAAACAAGUGCAAGUAUCACAAAGACGUUGGCAAGUGCUGGCCAAUCUUUGGAAGGAGCUGAAUUGGAACUCGUUCUUAAUCCACUUCGACUUGCGUUUGAAACAAAGAAUCCAAAAUUUAUUGAACUUGCAUUGGAUUGUAUUCAUAAGCUUAUUGCCUAUGACCAUCUAGAGGGUGAUCCUGGCCUGGAAAACGGUAAAAACGUCGCACUAUUCACAGACAUAUUGAACAUGGUAUGCGGUUGUGUUGAUAAUAACUCACCUGACAGUACAAUUCUUCAAGUCCUGAAAGUGCUACUUACUGCUGUUUCAUCUACCAAGUUCAGAGUUCAUGGGGAGCCAUUGCUUGGUGUAAUCAGAGUUUGCUAUAAUAUAGCUCUUAACAGUAAAAGUCAUGUCAACCAAGCUACAUCCAAGGCUAUGCUAACUCAAAUGAUCAACAUAGUAUUCAGGCGGAUGGACACCAACUCGGUAUCUUCAGAUGUUCAACCUGUAAACAAAAUUAGUGAUUCAUCUUUGGAAGUUGAAGAAACUUCACUGGGUCACGAAGAUAAUCAAAUGUUAACUCCUACUGCAAACGACAGUUCUAUUGCACCUCUUGAAGAACUUCAAAAUCUCGCUGGUGUGAAUGACAUUAAGGGCUUGGAGGCAGCUCUUGACAAGGCUGUGAAACUCGAAGAUGAUGGAAAGACUAGUGUUGUUGGUCCUGAGAGCAGGAGCAUUGCAGACCAUGAUGCAUUGCUUCUUUUUCGCACCCUAUGCAAGAUGGGUAUGAAAGAAGAUAAUGAUGCAAUUACCACAAAAACACGAAUUUUAUCUCUCGAACUUCUACAGGGCUUAUUAGAGGGGGCUAGUCACUCGUUUACCAGGAACUUCACUUUUAUUGAUGCAGUGAAAGCUUACCUAUCUUAUGCGUUGUUGCGAGCGUCAGUUUCCCAAUCUGCAACGACCUUUCAGUAUGCAACUGGAAUUUUUUCGGUGCUUUUAUUGAGAUACAGGGAAGGCCUUAAGGUUGAAAUUGGCAUCUUCUUCCCUCUCAUCGUUUUGAGAUCUUUGGAGAACUGCGAGUGUCCCCUGAACCUUAAACUAAUGGUGAUUCGGAUGCUGGAGAAGAUUUGCAAGGACCCUCAGAUGCUUAUCGAUCUAUAUGUGAACUAUGACUGUGAUCUUGAAGCUCCCAAUUCAUUUGAACGAAUGGUUACAACUCUUUCCAAAAUAGCUCAAGCGACACAAGAUGCAGAUCCUAACUCUGCUAACUCUAUCCAAACAGGAACACUUAAAGAAUCAUCGCUUCAGUGCCUUGUGAAUGUAGUAAAGUCACUUGUUUCCUGGGAGAAGCUGCGUAGAGAGGUAAAGAAGCACAAAGACAAACAGGCUAUUGAUAAUGAUGUUUCAGAUGGAGAUGCAAACAACAUCAAUGACUUAACAAAUGACUUUGAAAAAGUGAAGGCUCAAAAAUCAACCAUGGAAGCUGCCAUCUCUGAGUUCAACCGCCAUCCUGCACGAGGUAUUGGAUUUCUCACAGCAAAUAGGUUGGUCGACAAUACACCUGAAUCGGUAGCACAAUUUCUCAGAAAUACAACCGCUUUAGACAAGGGUAUGAUUGGUGAUUACUUGGGUCAACAUGAGGAGUUCCCCCUUGCUGUUAUGCAUGCUUACGUUGAAUCCAUGAAAUUCUCUGGAAUGAAGUUUCAUACUGCCAUUCGUGAGUUUCUCAAAGGUUUCAGGCUUCCCGGGGAAGCACAAAAGAUAGAUCGUAUAAUGGAAAAAUUUGCAGAGCGUUACUGUGCAGAUAACCCCGGACUCUUCAAAAGUCCAGAUACUGCUUAUGUACUUGCAUAUGCAGUAAUAAUGCUCAACACUGACGCUCAUAACCCAAUGGUGUGGCCUAAAAUGUCCAAAUCUGAUUUUGUGCGAAUGAAUGCUACAAAUGAUCCAGAAGAAAGUGCACCAAAAGUACUUUUGGAGGAAAUAUAUGACUCCAUUGUCAAAGAAGAGAUAAAAAUGAAGGGUGAUACUUUAAUAGGAAAAGGCAGUAGGCAAAAGGCAGAAACCGAAGGAGGGGGAAUUGUUGGCAUUUUAAAUUUGGCCCUCCCGAAAAUUAGAAGUCAAUCUGACACAAAGUCUGAAAGUGAAGCUAUUAUUAAACAAACACAAGAAAUCUUUAGGAAACAAGGUGCAAAAAGGGGUACAUUUUAUACGUCACAACGGAUUGAGAUUAUAAGACCAAUGGUUGAAGCUGUAGGGUGGCCUUUGCUUGCUACAUUUUCUGUUAUGAUGGAGGAAAAGGAAAACAAGGCUCGGGUUAUUCUUUGCAUGGAAGGUUUUAAAGCAGGAAUUUAUAUCACAUACGUCCUAAGAAUGGAUACCAUGCGAUAUGCUUUUUUAACAUCAUUGGUCAGGUUCACUUUCUUACAUGCAUCCAGGCAUAUGCUUAAUAAGAAUGUUGAAGCCUUGCGUACUCUGCUGGAUCUAUGUGACUCGGAACCUGCCACACUUCAAGACACAUGGAAUGCUGCUUUGGAGUGCAUAUCUCGACUAGAGUUUGCAACAUCUAAUCCUCUUAUGGUUGCUACUAUAAUGCAUGGAGCUAACCAAAUCUCUAGAGAUGCAGUUGUUCAAUCACUAAAAGAUUUGGCUGGAAAGCCAUCCGAGCAAGUCUUUAUGAACAGUGGUAAACUUCCAAGUGAAUCAGUAGUGGAAUUUUACACAGCUUUAUGUAACAUCUCGGCUGAAGAAUUGAAGCAAUUCCCUGCUCGUGUUUAUAGCUUACGAAGACUUGUGGAGAUCAGUUACUAUAAUAUGGCUCGUAUACGCAUGGUAUGGGCUAGAAUAUGGUCAGUCCUUUCUAAUCAUUUUAUUGCUGCUGGAAGCCAUUCUGACGAGAAGAUUGCAAUGUAUGCCAUAGAUUCUGUAAGACAACUUGGCGUUAAAUACUUGGAGCGUGCAGAACUUGCCAGUUUUACAUUCCAGAAUGACAUCUUGAAACCAUUUGUUAUUCUAAUGAGUAGUAGUCGAAGUGAAUCAAUUCGCAAAUUGAUUGUUGAUUGCAUUGUUCAGAUGAUUAAAUCAAAGGUUGGAAGCAUUAAAUCUGGUUGGCGAAGUGUCUUUAUGGUUUUUACAGCUGCUGCCAAUGACGAGUCAGAAUCUAUUGUUGAAAGUGCUUUUGAGAAUGUAGAACAAGUUAUAUUGGAGCACUUUGAUCAAGUCAUCGGCAACUGUUUUAUGGACUGUGUCAACUGCUUAGUUAGUUUCACGAACAGUAAAAGCUCUCACCGCAUCAGUUUAAAAGCCAUUGCGCUUCUUCGCAUAUGUGAGGAUCGACUUGCAGAGGGACUAAUUCCUGGUGGUAGGUUAAAAACCAGUACAAUUGAUGAAGAUACAAAUUAUGAUGUUACUGAGCAAUAUUGGUUCCCAAUGCUUGCUGGUUUAUCUGAUCUCACGUCUGACUCACGCCCUGAGGUCAGCAAGUGUGCACUUGAGGUUUUGUUUGAUCUAUUAAACGAAAGAGGAAGGCAUUUCUCUCCGACAUUUUGGGAGAGUAUUUUCCAUCGAGUUUUGUUUCCUAUUUUUGAUCAUGUGAGGCAAGCUGGAAAGGAAUCUACGACUUCCUGCGAUGGAUGGAUUCGUGAAACUAGUGUUCAUUCAUUACAAUUGCUAUGCGACCUUUUUAACACAUUUUACAAGGAGGUAUGCUUCAUGCUUUCCCCACUGCUGAAUUUACUGGUAGAUUGUGCCACAAAGACAGACCAGGCGGUGGUAUCAAUAUCACUUGGUGCACUUGUCCAUCUUAUAGAAAUUGGAGGACACCAAUUCAUUGUUUCCGAUUGGGAUACCUUGUUGAAAAGCAUAAGGGAAGCUUCUUACACCACUCAACCCCUAGAGCUACUCAACACUUUGAGUCUUGAAAGUAGGAAGACUAAUUUACGUACGGGUGAAGACUUAAAAGUUCAAGAAGAUGAUAUUCCCUCUAUUGUGUCUUCUGGAGGUGAGUCACCUCAAAUAUUUGAAGGGAUGGACAAAUCUCCUUCAUCAGAAAUUGCCAGCAAAUCUCCAUCAUCGGAAAAUGCUGGAAAAUCUCCCGAUGGGCCAAGACUACAGCGGAGUCAAACAAUAGGUCAAAGACUCAUGGGAAACAUGAUGGGCAAAGUUCUUGUUAGAAGUUUCACCACUAAACCGAAAAACCAGACUUUAGAUGCCAUUAUACCAAAUUCCCCAACUAAGUCCCAUGAUGAGGAACAUGAAUCUGAAGAUUCAGGCGAAAGUACAUAUAUGGGAACAGUACGGAGCAAAUGCAUAACUCAACUGUUACUGCUAGGAGUCCUUGAUAUUAUCCAGAAAAAAUACUGGAGCAAGUUGAAGGGUCAUCAAAAGAUUGCCAUUUUAGAAAAUUUGUUCUCAAUUUUAGAGUUUGCAGCAUCAUAUAACUCGUAUGCUAACCUCAGGUUACGCAUGCAGCACGCUGCUCCUGAAAGGCCGCCAUUAAAUCUUAUUCGUCAGGAAUUUACUGGAACUUGCAUUUACUUAGAAGCUUUACACAAGACAACUUCUGGAAUUAAAUUAAACCAAAAUGGAGAACUUAAUAUAACAAGUGAUUUACUUGAUGAUGAAGAUGAUCAUACAGUUAAAACAGACGCUGAAGAAAAGCUUGCAUCUUUUUGUGGUCAAGUACUUAAAGAAGCAUCCGAUUUCCAAACAAGUAUUGGAGACAGUACUAGUAUGGAGAUUCAUCAAGUUCUUGAAAUGCGUUCACCCAUUAUUGUUAAGGUUCUGAAGAGUAUGUGCUCAAUGGACCACCAGAUAUUCAGAGAAAACCUCAGAAUUUUCUACCCUUUGAUCACCAAGCUUGUAUGCUGCGACCAGAUGGAUGUUCGCUGUGCUUUAGCCGACCUUUUCAGUAUACAGUUACAUGGAUUAUUGAAGUAG